AUGACAUCCUCCGAACAAUGGGGGACAUUCCUCCAACAAUGUUUGCUCCACCGGAUCGAUGCCGCGGAGUUCAAGAACCUCACGCGGCUGCUGAUGCAGCGCUAUCCCAUUGCUGAGGCUCAGCUGCUGGAUGUGUUGCUGGAGACCCGCCUCGCAACGGGGAUUAAAUGGGAUCCCCUGCCGCCUUUGUAUAUUGACUGUCUGUGCAAGAUGGGGCUGGUGAGGACUUCGACCAUGUUGAAUUCACUGCUGAAGCAUUCGUCUAUUCAUGAUAAGUUGCAGUCGCCUGGUGGCUCGGAGGCUGUUCAGGGGAAACAGAAGCGGAAGUGUUAUACCCUGAUGACGGAUAUCAGGGUUGUUCAGGACGCUAUGCUUUCUGUUUCGACGGGGACUGCUUUCAAGACUUUUGCCGAGGCGCUGAGUAUCUUUGCGUCCAUUGUGGAUUGGAUUCAGGCUGUUGUGGCUUGGCAUAAUAGCCAUUUGGAUACAAGUCAUCAGACCGGCGGGUUGAUGAGUUCUCCGGAUGCUGUGUCGUUGUUUGAGAGUCUGGGGAUUCUGCUUGCUGCGCUUUCGGGGACUGCUAAGGGUUUGGAGGUUCUUUCGGCGGAUUCGCAUGAAGCGUUGAAGAUAAAGCUUGGACAGGCUUUGUCGGCUUAUCUUCCCCUCUGUGUGGAAGUAUCCCUGCCGCUCCGCAACCGCUUGGAUAGCUUGCAGAAGGAGUUCAAUCUCUUUGGAGAGCCUCCGUCUAAGGCGUUGGAUGUUUCCAUGAUGGAGAAUGUGAACGUUAACGCGCUUCAGUUUGAGGACUCGGUCAUGGACGGGCCUGUGAUUAACUCGCGAGCAGGUCUCUAUGUGUAUAUUAAUGCGAUGCUUGUGGGCCGCCCCUUAGUGGAUGACAGCAUGCUGCUCAAUUUCCUGUCAAAUAGAUACGGCGGACAUUACCAAGUUCUUAUCGAGGAGCUCAUAACAGCUUCGUUCGAUGUCCUAUCGAAUGCUAGCUACCGCAACGAGUCUAGCCGAACAAUGUUCUUAUUCCGCUCGUUUCUGGUGAACAAGCUUCCUACCUUCAUUGCGGCCAUGUUGGCAGCCUCUAUUGUCUCGUUGCCGUUGCCGAUGGAGCUUUGCAUCAGCCAUGCUUUGAGUCGGCUAGAUCCAAACACCUUUCCAUCAUUCUCACAGAUGUUUGCUAUGCAAAGCAACACGGUCCUGUCCGACGUGCGACAAGAGUUCCUUUUUGCUUGUGCCUCGCACAAGCUGAUCCCCGAGUCUAGUAUCGAGCGCCUAUUGGGCGAGAAUCCAAUGCAGACUCUCCCCGUCGGUGGCCCAUACAACAAGGAUGAUCUUGUUUCGCAGAUCAAUGCCAACCCGGAGCGCGCAGAGCAGUUGAUCAACGAGAUUGAGUCGAUGGAGGGCAAUGCAGGUGCGAUAGUGGGUGCUAUUACAGAGGUCAUGCACCAUCUCUGCAAUCAAAAAGAGACCAUGACAUUGAAAAACAUUUGCAACUCACUCUCUCGUCGGCCGCAGGCCCUGGAUGUGAUCUUGCUCUUCCGGAGCUUGAAGCAAGUACUACAACCACUUUGCGCUCUGCUAGACGCCUGGCACUGGGACGAGGACCAAGGCGAGAGCCAACCAGUCUACGACGAGUUCGGAAGCAUUCUUCUGCUCGUGCUGACCUUCAAGUUCCGGUACGAUCUACGACCGCAGGACAUGGGAAUCGGAGGUAGCAACUCCUUUGUCUUGCGACUGCUCGAGAAUGGCUUCUGCAGCCAGAAGCUCGACGACCUCAGCGAGAAGCAGAACAAGAAUCUUGGAUCCUGGAUCAACGCCCUAUUCAUGGCCGAGGGGAUCAGCGAGGAGACUAUGGCGGCUUCGAAUGUAAGCCCUGCACCCCUAACCCUCCCCCCUACUCCUGCCUCAAAGCUAACAACACCAGACCUCCUAGAACCCUUCCUCCUCCCAUCCCUCAUCCUCGCCCUAAACUGGCUCGGCAACCACAUCUGGGAAUCCGAAAGCGACCCCUCCAUCCCACUCAAAGCCCUCCACUCCCUCAUAAGCCCGAGCUCCAUCUCCGGCGAAGCGAAAGAAAUCCACCGAACAGUGCUAAACAUCACCGCGCGCUCUCUCGAAGAACAACUCAAGAGCGUCCGCGCCCGCCAACCCGACGAUACCAUCAAACCCAUCCUCGAGGCCCUGGACCCCCACCUCUCCUUUCAACGCAGCGGCAGCACCCACCGCAGCGAACUCGAGUCCUGGACUGCCCACACCCCCGGCGGCCUCCUCGCCAGCAUUCGCAGCACCUUCCAAUCGCUCAUCCUCUGGAGCACCAGCCCCGACAUGAGCAUGGCCCCUCAAUCCUACACCCACCGCCAAUUCAUCGCAGGCAUCCACAUCCAGGGCUCCAUGCGCGUACUAUGCGCCCUCAUCGACGAACUCAAACUCCAAGCCACCACCUCCCCCACAAACGCUACAGGCAGCAGCGACCUCGCCCUCGACAUCGCAGCUACCAUGAUCUGCGCGCCCCUGGCCGACUCCUUCGCCGUCGACCAAAACACUUACUCCCCCCAUCACCACAUGGACCCUACCAAUACGAACAAAGAAAUCCCCCCGCGCAACCCCAUCCUCACCCCCCGCGGCGCCCUCUACCAACUGCACGAAUCCGUCCCCAAAAUCUGCGAAAAGGACCCCCUCCGCGCGGAAAUCAUCGUGCGGCUAUGGCGCCGCGUCAACGCCGCGCUGACUCCGCCCUCGCAGCUAGACAUGAACAAUAUCAUUCAGAAUAUGCAGCUUGGUGUGGGCGUGGGCGGACCGGGACAAAUGGACCUGGAUACGUCUGGGGCGGGCGGCCACGAGGAGGAGAGUACGAUCAACCAAAUGCUGGAUAAUGCUGUCGCGGCGGGGAUGGAUGGUAGCGGGGGAGCAGGAGGUAUGGGAGGCAUGGGAAGUGGAGGGUUGGAUACCAGUAUUGAUGAUGUGUUGAAUGCGGCGGAUAUGGCGGUGGGGAAUCCGGAGUUUUUAGAUUUGGAUAUGGAGGGGUUGUUUUAG